AUGCCUAGUGGACUGUCUCGCCUAGCUCAGAGCCAUCCUGAUGAUGAUGAUGAUUAUGAUGAUGAUGAUGAGGAAUAUCCUUCUCUAUUGGGAGGUGGAAAGAAGAUGAUAUGCUGGAUAAAUAGUUGGAGACUGCCUGUCCCGUCCAAGAACAUCCAAACCGAGAAACAACAAAUGAGCAGAAAGAAGUACACAGUUUGGAGAUUGUGCACCAAAAUAUCCUCUAUCUCAUCAAUCCUUUCACUAUCUACGAGACAACGCUUUACCCGAAACAGGCCUGCAAUACUUUCUCUACAAGAGAGUGUUCUCCACAACAUCUACAAGCACCUUCCCCUGGUUGAUAAAGCAUGUCUAUCACUUAGCUGUAAAAGACUCUUCAACCUAUUUCGAACGAUUUUGAAAGAAAAGGAAUUUGAAUUCCCACGACUUCUACACCUUCAGAUCCCUAUACUAUUGUGA